UGUCCCUCCACGCUAGGCUGAUGGGCCGAGGCGCCAACCAGUCCUACAUAAAACGUGAGCGUGGGCGGGAACGGUGCGGGACUGCAGUGAUACUCAGCUGCCGAGCGGAGAGAGCAGACAGAGAAAGCGGUGUGCCACCAGUUUGUUACGAAGGAAGAAAAGGAGAAGCUGCCUACCAACAUAUACUGUAUUCACCUGGGCUACCGCGUGCGCAUGUGCAUACGGAAGACUACGAUUGGUUUAUGGGACGGUUUCUUUGUCGCGUUUCAGCCAAUCUAGUUGCGCUAGGGACGGGCCCUGGCUCUCACUGGCCAGCGCUGCACCCGCGCAGCUUUCAGCCCACCGCAGCUUUUCCCGCUAGUCCUUUUGGCUGGCGCCAUGGGGUCGGGGCUGAUUCCUUGCUUGGCCCCGCGCCUUGGUCUUUCGGAACCUGAUGUGCUGAGGUGAGUCCGGGUGUGCACGCUAUAGAGAGGCCCACGCCUCGCGGCCCCGGAUCCUUCUCUGGCGGGAGUGCUGGUCCUACUAGGAGAAAAACUCCCCGGCCGCGAGUGUGUGCAAGGCACCGAGAAGCCCUGUAGAUGUCCCCGGGAGCAUCGUGGGGUCUCGAAGGAAAGCAGAAGAGUACCUGCGACUAUCCCAGGUGAAAUGUAUUGGUCUGUCCACACAUACCACAGAAACCAGCAAUGCAGUCAUGUGCCUGGACCUUGCAGCCUCCUAUAUGAAGUGCCCCUUGGAUAGGGCUUAUUUAAUUAAACUUUCUGGUUUGAACAAGAAGAUAUACCAGAGCUAUCUUAAAUCUUUUGAGUGCUUACUGGGCCUGAAUUCAAAUAUUGGAAUAAGAGACCUCGGUGUACAGUUUAGCUGUACAGAGGCAGCGGACUUGGCUUCGAAGAUUCUGCAAAGCUAUGAGGCCAGUCUUCCCCAGACACAGCAAGUAGAUCUCGACUUAUCCAGGCCUCUGUUCACCACUGCUGCACUACUUUCAGCAUGCAAGAUUCUAAAGCUAAAAGUGGAUAAAAACAAAAUGGCAGCCACUUCUGGUGUAAAGAAAGCUAUAUUUGAUCGACUCUGUAAGCAGCUAGAGAAGAUUGGACAGCAGAUAGACAAGGCACCUGGAGACUUGGGUAGUCCACCACAGAAGAAAAAGAUGGUUGAACCUCCAGCAAAAGAAAUAGAGAAGGUAGAAGAAAUCCAACAUAAACUACAAAUAGAUGAAGAUCUGACACCGGAUUAUGAAGAAUGGAAAAGGAAGAUUUUGGAAAAUGCUGCCAAGGCUCAAAAGACAACAGCAGAGUGAUUUCUACUUGCAGAAUGGUAUCUACUUCUGUUACAUAGUGAAGCGCUACCCCGGGAAGGGUUUAGGGCUUUGAUGACAUUGGCUUCAACUUGUAUAACAAGGUUCCUAACCAUUGCCUUAGUAGCAAAGAAGCCAGCACACAGGCAAGCUCUAGAUAGUGAGCUGGCUUCUGACAUGAGAACAUUACCCCAGUCACAGUGUUCCACAUACUCUCUGGCCCACACAAGCCUGCCUAUGCUGGAACUGGAAGUCAUUUAUGUUUUAAACUAAUAAUAGUCUGGCUUUACCCUGAGUAUAUAUUUCAAGCUGAAUGGAAUCUUCUAGAUUUUUCUUACUUGUUAAUGUAAAAAUUUUUGGCUUACCUAAGGGGGAUUGCUGUCAUUAUUAAAGAUGCAUUUGCUCUCAGUUUCAAGGAAUCCUUGUUGGGCCCAAAUCUGUGUCUUUUCCAGCAGGAAACAAAACCCAGGUUCCCAUACACAGAGCUUCAAUGCUCAUUAUACCCCAAUUCAAAUCACACUUUUGGGGUUGAAAACCCUACUCAGCCACUCACCACCUGUGAUACAUUGAUCAGAGCAAUUGACUUCUUUAUAUUUCAUCUGUGAAACAGUAAUAAAAAUGAUUGUUACCUCAGUGGUUUUAAUAAAGGAGUAUAAGA